CACACUGAGCCUCGAUUGGUCACGUGUCGAGCUGGCGUUGCUGGGCGCUGCUGCCUGGCGCAGGCUCCCUGGUCUGUGCAGUGGCGGGCUCCCUGAGGGAAGGCUUCCAGACUGGCAAGCAGGUCCCGACCCCUCUGUGCGGCCACCAUGGACCUGACUUUAAGCCGGGCUGAUUAUCUCCAGGUGGGAGUGACCUCUCAGAAGACGAUGAGAUUGCUUCCUGCUUCAAAACAAAGAGCUACACAAAAGGCAGUUGUUGGAGAUCAAGAUGGAGUCGUGAUGUGCUUUGGCAUGAAGAAAGGAGAGGCGGUGCCAGUCUUCAAGACUUUACCAGGGCAGAAGAUUUCGAGGCUGGAACUAGGAGGGGUUCUCAACAUGCCCCAGGAGAAAAUAUUCCUUGCCGCAGGGUCUGAGAUCAGAGGCUUCACAAAGAGAGGAAAACAGUUUCUCUCCUUUGAAACAAACCUCACUGAAAGCAUUAAAGCUAUGUACAUAUCUGGCUCUGACCUCUUUCUCAGUGCAAGCUACAUCUAUAAUCAUUACUGUGAUUGCAAAGAUCAACAUUAUUACCUUUCUGGGGACAAAAUCAAUGAUGUCAUCUGCCUUCCCGUGGAAAGGUUAUCUCGAAUGACACCAGUGUUGGCCUGCCAGGACCGGGUACUCCGAGUUUUACAGGGAUCUGAUGUGAUGUAUGAAAUUGAAGUUCCUGGUCCACCCACGGUCUUAGCUCUACAUAAUGGAGAUGGAGGUGACUCAGGAGAAGGUCUUCUGUUUGGCACAUUGGAUGGAAAGCUCGGGCUUAUUCAAAUCACCAUGUCCAAACCAAUACAGAAAUGGGAAAUUCGAAAUGACAAAAAGCGGGGAGGUAUCUUGUGUAUUGACAGCUUUGAUAUCAUGGGUGAUGGGGUUAAAGAUUUGCUUGUUGGGAGAGAUGAUGGAAUGGUGGAGGUGUAUAGUUUUGAGACUGCAAAUGAACCUGUGCUACGAUUUGAUCAGAUGCUGUCUGAAAGCGUUACGUCGAUCCAGGGCGGUUGUGUAGGGAAAGAUGGUUAUGAUGAAAUUGUGCUGGCCACGUAUUCAGGCUGGAUUACAGGGCUGACAACAGAGCCCACUCAUAAGCAAAGUGGUCCAGGAGAAGAGCUAAAACUUAAUCAGGAAAUGCAGAAUAAAAUUUCUUCUUUACGGAGUGAGUUAGAACAUCUGCAGUUUAAGGUACUGCAGGAAAGAGAAAACUACCAACAGUCUUCACAGUCAAGCAAAGCAAAAUCAACAGUUCCUUCAUUUAGCAUAAAUGACAAGUUUACAUUGAAUAAAGAUGAUGCCAGCUACAGCCUUGUCUUAGAGGUUCAGACUGCAAUAGAUAACGUCUUAAUACAGAGUGACGUCCCAAUAGAUCUACUUGAUGUGGAUAAAAAUUCUGCUGUUGUGAGCUUUAGCAGCUGUGACACAGAGUCGAACGACAACUUUCUCCUUGCUACUUAUCGGUGCCAGGCAAAUACCACCAGGCUGGAGCUCAAGAUUCGCUCAAUUGAAGGCCAGUAUGGCACACUUCAGGCGUAUGUGACUCCGAGAAUCCAACCAAAGACCUGUCAGGUUCGCCAGUACCACAUCAAACCACUAUCGCUCCAUCAGAGAACUCACUUUAUUGACCACGACAGACCCAUGAACACACUGACUCUAACAGGCCAGUUCAGCUUCGCUGAAGUUCACUCCUGGGUGGUGUUCUGCCUGCCUGAAGUUCCUGAAAAGCCUCCAGCAGGAGAAUGUGCAACAUUUUACUUUCAGAAUACCUUUCUGGAUACACAACUUGAGUGCGUAUACAGAAAAGGAGAAGGAGUUUUUAAAUCUGACAAUAUUUCUACAAUAUCUAUCCUAAAAGAUGUACUUUCUAAAGAAGCUACCAAAAGGAAAAUUAAUCUCAACAUAUCAUAUGAGAUAAACGAAGUGUCAGUCAAGCACACUUUGAAGCUAAUCCACCCAAAGCUGGAGUAUCAGCUGCUUCUGGCUAAGAAAGUGCAGUUAAUUGACGCCUUGAAGGAAUUGCAAGUUCACGAGGGAAAUACGAACUUUCUGAUUCCAGAAUACCGCUGCAUUCUAGAAGAGGCAGAUCACCUGCAAGAAGAGUACAAGAAGCAGCCUGCUCAUCUUGAAAGGCUCUAUGGUAUGAUCACUGAUCUUUUCAUAGAUAAAUUUAAGUUCAAAGGCACUAACGUAAAAACUAAAGUACCCGUUCUACUGGAGAUUCUUGACAGCUAUGACCAGAACGCACUGAUUGCUUUCUUUGAUGCGGCGUGAAAGAUAAACAAGGUGGAAAUAACGCCCCCCCCCCGCAGGAUUUGGAAUGGAUUCACACCCCAUUUCUCUCUUACUUGGUGACCGACAUGAUCCUCCUGCAGUUUGUGAAAUAUUUGACUUAGUGCUGUGGAGUACGGCCAGAGAAGGAAGCAGAAGGCAGACUGCAGGGAUCCCAGAUGUACUCCUGUUUGUAACCAGUGAGCUUAAAGUGAUCAGGUGAAGAGCAGUGCUUCUUAGAUUCCUGUACUAGUAUUCAUUUGCAGGGGAACAUUGUAUUUAAAGCUUAAAAAUAUUAUUAUAAGAUAAUGGAAAAUUGCUGUUUCUUGUUUUCAAAGAAUAGAGUUAUGAAAUUUUCAGAAACUGAUAAUUACAUUGUGUUAUAUUUUAUGUGCAAUCCUUAAAUAUUAAAUGUGAAUAUAUAAGGCA